AUGGGCCGAAAUGUUAUUCAUGUGGGCCGAGACCUAAGUUACAGAGUCAUGGGCCGAAACAUUAUUUAUGUGGGCCGAGACCUGGAUGCUACAGUAACGAAGGGUCAGAGAGAGCGCCUUGCAAAAGAACAUGGAAUAAAGGGUGAGCCAUCACUUUGUCGUGUCAAUUCAAUCAAUUAUGCCAAUUGCACACCUUGGGAAUGGAUGCACCUGUUUCUCAAAAAUAUUAUCCCACAGCUCGUUGACCUCUGGAUAGGGUGUUACAAGAUGUUGGAUACAUCUGUCAAGCUCAAAAUCACUGCACAGGAGAUCAAUGAUCUUGAACAAUGGUUUGCAGAGUGGGUCAGAGAGUUCGAGCGCUAUUACUAUCAAUUCAAGGAAGAUAGGUUAGCAGUCUGCACACUCCUGAUUCAUGGAUGCCUGCAUGUCGCAAAAGACCUGCACAUGUGUGGACCUGCUUGGGUCCACUGGACAUUCUAUGUUGAACAGUAUUGUCUGCACCUCAGGACUGGUCUCCGUUCGAGACGGCACCCAUGGAGUGGCCUUUCCCGCGUCGUUUUGUACACCGCAUACCUUAGCCAACUCAGUGUUAAGAUAAUUGGCGGUGGUGAUUCAAUCAGGACCAGAUAUGCUCUGAGGGGUAUGAGCAAUGCAAAGUAUCAUGACAACUCAUUUGUGCGAGUGAAAUCACAAUCUGUCGAUGUGAUCGGUUAUGGCCAGCUGGACAAGAUUUUAAUUUGUGAAAUUGGCGAACACAAAAUUUACAGGUUCCUAUGCAAUACAACGCUCAUCCUCACACUUAUAACACCAUGCAACACUGAUGGAACAGAUGCAUCAAUAUCCCUAGUUGGAUACAAAGAGUUUGUCACACCAGUAUUUACAGAUGUGCGAAACAUCAAGGCAGUUGUUGGCCGGGGGAAAUCACAUUUGAUCCCUCCAUCACCAUCAAAAAUGACCUCGCAGACUGCUUCCACAUCUUUGUCAACCCAGAACACCUGA